UACACAUCGAGUCGAUGUCCAGCGUUAUCUCAACCAAAACCUCCAUGUUAGGACUCUUUUACUCUCAUGUCCCCUCUGUCAUAAUGCUCCCAUAAUAGGCUUCAAACUCUGGAUUUGAUCUCUGGAUUCACACCUUGUCAUUGCGCACUUGCUGGAUGCAGAUUUUUGACAUGAUUCCUACUUAAACUCAGGAGGAAGGAGAGCUAUGAGUUGAUCUAAAUAUGGAGUGUGGAUGUCAUGUUUUGCCAAGGCUGACCUCCCAAAGGCCUGUUUAUGGGGUGAGGUUUAUAACGUUCCUGUCCCACAAGACUGUGAAGUAAAGAAUUCUGCCCAAAGACCAGAGAGAGAGACAGAGAGCGAGAGAGAGAGACCAUCGACUUCACCAACAGUUGCUCGCUCACGUUUCUCUGAGAGUCGUUGCCGCAGCUGAGAGGAGAUUUAGAGGUGAUGCUCUGUAACACAAAUAAGAUUUCACGAGACAAACCUCGGUCAGCGUGAGCCGUGGACAUCAUAGAGAACUGAUGUGAUUUAAGAACUCCAGAAAGACAAAACUAAAGCUCGGAUUCACCUGAACCAGAGAGAAACAUCCAGACCAGCAGCAUUGCAGUCAUGGGGGCGUCUCUGGGAGGUCACGUGAACGUCACCGCAGGGUGUCCCGUCAACGGCAGCGCUCAUCUGUUAGGUGUGCCGUACCUGACGAGUCUCUCUCAUCUGGACAAGGAGAUGUUAUAUGAGAACUUCUAUGCUCUGUGGAUCACGCUGAUGGUGGUGAACACGCUCAUGUUCGUGGUGGGCGUGGUCCUCAACAGUCUGGCCCUCUAUGUGUUCUGUCAGCGCAGUCGCUCGCGCACCACUCCCGCUAUCUACACCAUAAACCUGGCGGUGGCUGACCUGCUGGUGGCGCUGUCUCUGCCCGCCCGCAUCGCCCUGUAUCACAGCGGGGGUGACUGCGCCGCCUGUUUCUACGUCCACACCUUCAGUUAUUUCAUGAACAUGUACUGCAGCAUCUUGUUUCUCACCAGCAUCUGUGUGGACCGUUACAUGGCGGUGGUCCGCCCGUCCGGAGCGGCGGGCCGCUGGAGAAGCCCCGUGAUAGCCAAAGGUGUGAGCGUGUGCGUGUGGCUGUUCGCCGUGGUGGUCACCUACUCCCUGCAGACCUCCGCCCUGGAGUUCGGCGGCACGUCGUGUUGUCGUCUGGCCGUUCUGUUCGCCCUCACCCUGCUGGAGUUCGUGCUGCCGCUGCUGGUCAUCGUGGCGUUCACCGUGCGUGCGGCCUGCGCGCUGGCGGACGGCGGGCUCAUGCCCCAGAGCUGGGGGCGGCGCGCGCGGGCCGUCCGGCUCCUAGUAGCCGUGCUGGUUGUGUUCACCGUGUGUUUUACGCCGUAUCACGUUCGUGAGGCUGUGGUGUACUUCCAGCUAGGGGGCAGCAGAGAACAGCACCUGGUGGCGUAUCACAUCACCAUCACCCUCAGCAGUUUGAACAGCUGCCUCGAUCCCGUGGUUUACUGCUUUGUGCCCGACAGCUUCCGUUCGACGCUACGCAGGGAUCGGAGGAAGAGGUUGACGGAGCACCCGGUGCCCGGAUCCGUGGUCAGAGGAAACAGGAGCCCCAAAGAUUCGGGAACGGCAGCGGGCGUUGGGUACAGCGUGGCUACGUUGACGCUAACAUCGUGCACGCUUCCACCCAAAGACAUCCCUGCCUGAAACAACACAAACAAACAAACACAAUUCAUACACAACUUACUCACAUCAAAUUGUACAAAAAUCCGAGCGAUCUACAUUCUGCGGUGACGGUAAGCUUUAAGGGCGGAGCUUCAUGAGGACCAAUAAGCUUAGUCACGUGACCAGAGGCGUCGGUCAGAACGUGUACGUCACAAACGUUCGCUUCUACCCUACACGGUGUUCUCGUGCUGUUUAUUCCGCUCUACACUUGAUUUAAUGGAGGUGUGAGCUCGUGUGUUUAUGUGUGAGGACCACACUGAACCCGUGGCACGCUCACACAACUCAAAAUAAACCUCUUUUGUGGGCACUUUUACUGUGAGAGUAAACGGGGACAGAAUCAGAUAACCGUGUUUGUCAGAUAUAAACUCGACGGCAGGUAUUUUAAGAGAUUAAAUGGAUCUGUGUUGACAGGAACGGAAAAUCUGUGUAACUAAAUGACAUCUAAUGCUUCAAUCGUUUCAUUUGGUUAUGAAGAUAUUUAUGUUGCUGUAUUUGUAAUGGAUGAUUUGGAAUGAAUAUUAGAGGAAAAGCGCUUCAUCUGUGUACAACACGCACGAGGAAUCAAGUCUGUUUGAAAAACGUCUCGCGAUGUUUAAGAGUUCUUGUCAUUGUUUAAUUCUCAUAAUUCCGGCAGUUGUUUUGAAGAGAUGAGCAGGUGGGUCUUAACAACUGUCACGUGAUGUUUACAUUUUACCAAAUUUAAACACAGUUUAACCGUGAUAUGUGUAGUGAAACUAAUGGUAGGAAUGGCAAUCAAAAAAAAUAUUUACUGUAUUAUUUAUAGGGGUAGAGUUGAGUAUGAUGUAGGCUUUUUUAUUUAAAUCCGAUCAGUUCACGUGAAUGUUCUAAAAUUGUUUGUUUUUUCGAUGUUUUAUCGACCAGAUUUGAGACUUACACUAAAUCCACCACAAGAGGGCGAUGUUUUCUUCGGAAUGAUCCUCGUAGAACUUCGCACAAAUCUAACUGUCAAAAGUAAAAAAAACUUGACAAAGAGUCUUAAGCAAAUCAAAUGGGAAAAUUCUUAUUCGUUUGUGGUGUUUUAUUGUUAACUAAUAAACAUCAGUGCAGUUAUAAGUUAUUUAUAUUCACUUUGUAAACAUUAAGGUUUGCCGAACAGGGAUUAAGGCUAGUCCUAGACUAAAAUGAAUGUUAGAGGCGUCUAAACUGAAAACACUGACAUAUCUUAUAACACAUCAGUGUCAUUGUUUUGUCUUAAAAUGCACACAAGUAAUGUUUAUGUUUUUGUCCUUAUUUUACUGAGGCUUAGUCCUGGUUUAAGAUAAUCCCUGUCCGGGAGACCACCCCUUAAUGUGUUUAAAUAACCAAAAUGUAUUUUCUUUGGUAUAUAUUGGUAGU